AUGCGUGGGGUCGACAUUCGAAUCACCGAAGACGUUCUCACGGCAGCGGCUUCUAAUAGGAGAUACGGUGAUACAAUCAUGGCGUUUCUUAUUGAGAAGCGCGGAUUCGAAAUCGAAAUCACCGAGGGAAUCGUCGUUGCUGCGGUCCAGAAUGAAAGCAAGGCUAUCGAAGUCACCUCCCUACUUCUCAAGCAAUAUGGAAGCCAAAUUCAUAUCACUCGAGACAUUGUUCUAGCUGCGCUUUGGAACUACGGUAGUGGCGCGGGCAUAUUGAAGCUGCUGUUAGAAGCACGUGGGGACGAGAUCGAGAUUUCUGCAGACAUCAUCCUAGCUGCAGUUGACAGACGUACCCACUCCCCGGCCUUUCAGUCAAAAUUGUCCUUACUCUUUGCUGAGCGCAGGGGUCAGAUUCACGUUACCGAAGAUCUCAUAACCGCUAUAUUUUGUGCUGGAUAUUGUAGCGAGGAAGACCUGGAGCUGCUUCUUGACGAGUUCGAAGGCGAGUUGAAAAUCACAGAGAAGCUCCUUACCGAUGUUUCAUACACUUUUGGAGACAAAAACAAAAUGAUGGCGCUAUUGCUCGACAGGGCUAAGAUUAUGGAUCACAUCACCGAUGAAUGCAUGGAGACGGCCGUAUACUGCUUCGACGAUACCAUAGUACGCAAAUUCAUCGAUAAACGCGGCGGUUUAAUGAAGGCCACUGGCAGCGUUGUCAAGGCUGCUCUGAAGAACUCUGGUCACAGCAAGGAGGUGAUGAAUCUACUUUUCAAUGAGUAUGGAAGUGAGAUUCAAAUCACUCCAGAAAUUGUUGAGGCGGCAGUGGGUAAAAGAUUUGGUGGCGCAAGUGUUAUGACUCUACUGCUGGACAAGCGUGGAGAAGAGAUUCACAUCACCGACGAGAUCGUCAGGUUAGCAGCUCAAGGUUCCACAGACCUGAUGUCGUUACUUCUUGAAAGGCGUGGGUAUGAGAUUCAGAUCACGAACGAUAUCGUCGAGCUUGCGGCUAGGAACGAAUGUUGUGGCCCCGAGAUGAUGAUGAUACUCUUGGAGAAAGGAGGGCCCGAGGUUCAAUUGACAGAACAAGGGUUUAUUUAUGCAGCUGCAAACGAGGGAGGGAGCUCAAGUUCGGGUGCGUGGUUGCUUGAGCACCUUCUCGAUCAGCGGACCAAGGGGAUUCAACUCACUGAAGGCGUUGUCAGUGCCGCAGCUAGUAACCACUCGCGCGGUAGUCGGCUGAUAGAAUUACUCCUGGACAGCUGCGGAGACGACGUCAAGAUCACGGAGGAAGUCCUCAAAUCCGCAGUUGGUAACGAGGGGUGCGGCGACCAAGUAAUGGCAUUACUUCUCAACGGGCGCGGAGACAGCAUCCAUAUCACUGAAGAGGUUGUCAGAUUUGCAGUUGAGAACAAGGAUUGCGGCAACAGAAUCCUCGAGGUCCUUUUCGACAGGUACGGAGACGACAUUCCGAUCACCGACGACAUCGUCCAGAUUGCGGCUUCUAACCCAGGUUGCGGCAACAAAAUGAUGGCAGUACUUCUCGAGAGAAGUAGGGACAUCAAGAUCACCAAAAACGUUAUCAAGGCUGCAAUCUGGAAUUGGAAGUCUGGCGACAAAGUAAUGGCGGCAACACUCGACAAUUGCGGAGACAUCAGUCUUCAGGGCGGCGAGUACGACGAUGAUCUUCAAACAGCUUCACUCCAUGGCCACCAUGUAAUCGUCCAGAUGCUCCUUGACAACAAUGCAGACGUCAACGCCGCCCAGGGCGGUGAGUAUAACACUGCUCUCCAGGCUGCUUCAUACGGGGGGCAUGUUGGGACUGUGCAGAUACUCCUUAAUCACAAGGCAGACGUCAAUGCACAGGGGGGGGAGUACAAUACUGCUCUCCACGCCGCCUCAUACCAAGGUCACAAAAGGAUCGUCCAAAUGCUCCUUGAUAACAACGCAGACGUCGACGCCCAGGGUGGCUUUCAUGGCGGUCCUCUCCAAGCCGCUGCAGCAGGUGGAUUUGUUAAAGUGGUAUCCCUAAUACAUGACAAAACCGGCAUUGACUCGGACCGCAAGAACCCUCGAUUUGGACGAACAGCCCUUUCAUAUGCUGCUGGCAACGGUCACAAGUCUAUCGUCGAGCUUCUUCUCACAAACAGCCAUGUGAGCCCCUUUUCGCAAGACCACCUUAGACGGACCCCGUUAUUUUGGGCGGCGCAAGAAGGACAUACCGCAAUCGUCAAAGUCCUGGUGGCACGGGACCCGACGGUGUCAGAUUCCGCGGAUCACUACGGCUCGACACCUCUAUCUGUAGCGGCUAGGAGGGGCCACAUCGCAGUAGUGAGGAUCCUCCUGGAUGUAAAAAGUGUGAACAUCGACUCUCGCGACUGUUUCGGCCAAACACCUUUAUGCUGGGCUAGGAAGCGUAGGCUUGCCAAGAUGUCUCAGCUUCUAAUUGAAACCGCAAAGCAGCGAGGCAUACCAGUGGAAGACGGCCAGGUAGCUCCGGAGGACGGCAUAACCCCUCAUGAUCCAUCGGUCCGGGCUUGCGAUAUCUGCACUUUCAGCAUCUCGGAUGACCAUGCCUAUCAUCAUUGCCCAAAUUGCAACUUCGGGGACUUCGACAUCUGUGGAGGCUGCUACAACCAAGGCGGCCGCUGUCUUGAGGCGUCCCAUGAGUUGGUCCCAGGGCCUCUUUCGAAGAAGGGAUAA